UAAUUACCCAAAUACUGACUUCUGAGCAACAUCGGUAUUUCAUGCUUCAUUAAGUUGGUGUAAAUAUACUUAAUAACCGUAUUAGAAUUACUAAAAAUGUUAUACGGUAACUCACAUAGAUUUUUAUUACGAUCAAUUGCAAGUCAAGGCGUGGUAACAUUUGAAGAUGGUAUGAAGAUAUUUAAGUCUUUACCAGAAUUUUCAACUUCUUCCUUAGAAAAUGUCAUAGAAGAUAUAAAUAAAUCUAUAAGACCAUUUGAGCAGACAAUUAAAAUUGUUAUUGAUGAGUUGACAUUAGAAAGGAAACUAGUGUUCCUUUGCCUUGGGUAUGAUGAUACGACCAAAUUACAAAAUAUGUUUGCACCAAAUAAGUUAGAUUAUUUUAGAAUCUUAAUGGAAGAAAUCGUUACUACUGAAAACAGGGAAAUAACAGAAAUACAAGCACUCAAUUUAGUUAGUAAAGUUAAACCAACUUUACAUAAAACAGAUGCUAAGGCGUUACUAAAAACCUGGUACAGAAUGCAUUAUUUGGAUUUAAAUAUAACAAAUUAUGCACUGGGUAUACGAGCUAUCCAUGAGUUUGAGAGAUACUUGAAAGACAAUUUACCAGAUUAUGUUCAAAACUGUACAAUAUGCAAGCAAAUGGUUUUUAGGGGCAUUAAUUGUCCAGCGUGUGAUGAAACAAUUCACACACGUUGUUUGAAUGUAUGUUUGGAUAAAGUAAGGAAAUGGCCGUGCUGCAGAGCUGAAUACAGCGAGACUCAUCUUAGCCGACUUAAUAACUCAAGACUAACGCAGACCCAGUUAUUACAAAGCCAAACCCAAGGGAAUACUAGCGCAGAGCAAAUGGAUGUGUCGGAAAUACUUAAGGAUACUCAAGAAUUGAAUAUAUCAGCCCGAAGUAGAAAGCGUAAGCGAAUACCAAGUGACUAAUUUUGUAGUAGCUUACUAUAUUUUGGUUAUAAUCUGCUUAUCCACACUGUUAGCUUAUUGUAACUCAAAUUAUAUGUUCUUAUAUUUA